AUGAACAUAUUCAGGUUAUUGGGGGAUUUCUCCCAUCUCGUCGCCCUUAUAAUCCUCCUAAAGAAAAUCUGGAAGACUAAGUCAUGUGCUGGACUUUCAGGAAAAUCUCAACUUCUUUUUGCGGUUGUGUUUAUAUCACGUUACGUGGAUUUGUUUUUCAAUUUCAUUUCACUGUAUAACACCAUCAUGAAGCUUUUCUUUAUCAUUUGCUCUUGUGCGACCGUCUACUUCAUGUAUUUCAAAUUCAAGGCUACCUACGAUUCUAAUCAUGAUACAUUUGCUGUGUAUUUGUUGCUGAUCCCCAGUCUGCUUCUAGGAUUAGUGGCCAAUUACGAAUUUUCUUUAUAUGAGGUACUGUGGGCUUUCUCAAUUUACUUGGAAUCGGUUGCUAUUAUGCCUCAGUUGUUUAUGAUUAGCAAAACUGGCGAAGCUGAAACAAUCACUUCUCACUACUUAUUUGCGUUAGGAUCGUACCGUGCGUUGUAUUUGUUCAACUGGAUAUACCGUUAUGUUUUUGAUGAUUAUCUCGACUAUAUUGCUGUUGUUGCGGGUAUUGUACAAACAUUAUUAUACUGUGACUUCUUCUAUUUGUAUAUAGCUAAAGUUAUGAAAGGACGUGACUUACGACUACCUGCCUGA